AUGCCGCAUUAUAUCCGAUUUCUCAAGCCCCCCAAAAUAGUGGUGUCUUCCAAAGGCGAGUGCUUCAUUGAGACAUUGGUCACUAUCACGACAGACCUGGGGGACUCGUUCCUUGCAGAAGACGCUAAACUUAUCUCCAUUUUGCAGUUUACCAACAUCUGCGGCGGCAUACCAACUCCAUUCGAGAAGACAUUCUACUGGAAAGCCGGGAAUCGAGAAUUGAAGAUUGUUUUGGGUCCGUGCCAGCUUCUCGUUGCGAAUCAGGCUGCUAGACUGAGUGUCAGGGAUGCCAGUGGUGGUCUUGUUGACCGUUUGGAGCCGUCCAAAGCUCCAAGCAUUGUUACCGCCUGGAGUGCUGAGUUUGGAAUGAAUGGUGCUCUACAUGCUGAUCGGCUAGUUGAGAGGCGGUUCAAACUGGAAAUUGGACCUCAGUUAAGGACGUGGGAAGAGACUAAGAAUAGCAUUGCGCGACAUAUUUGGGACGCCGCACUGGGCUGUGUGAUGGAAAUUCAGAAUGCAUACAUGCGCCUGGUAGGAUCAAUUCCACAACUUCAAAAGCUAUUCUAUGAGCGAAAAAACAGGGAACUUCGCGUUAUCGAAUUAGGCACUGGCUGCGGGAUUGUCGGAAUUUCAAUAGCCCAGAUAGUACCCCACAGCUUUGUACUGCUAACCGACCUCGAAGAGGUCCAGGGUAUCGUGGGACGCAAUUUGGAAUGUGCUACUUUUGCGAGUUUUUCGGCUGCGCGAUUUCAGGUGCUUGACUGGGAUCAACGUGUACCUGAUGACAUCGCCAAACACACUUAUGACCUGAUUCUUGUGUCGGAUUGCACGUACAAUGCGGACAGUCUUCCAGCCCUGGUUCGCAUGCUUACAACUCUGGUACAAAUAUCACGUACCGCGAUAGUGCUGGUGUCGAUGAAAAAACGACAUGACAGUGAAGAUUUGUUCUUUGACCUAAUGAAAACCGCGGGCUUUGAAAUCAACAACCGCACUGUUAUCCCGCUGCCUAGCCUAGGUUCAGAAAAUGAGUCGGUCGAUAUCGAGCUCUAUGCGUUCUGUAAAGAUUCCCCGGUCGAUAGUUGA